AUUUAAACGUCCUGCCUACACAGAAGAAGUCAAAAGGAGGAGAUCUGUCACCGGAGUCACCUGCUGCGUCUGUGGGGAAAUUAUUUCAUGUUGCAGCAGUGCAACCGGCCGCGGAGUAACAAAUACAAAACGGUUAACUGCUUCUAUAGGCAAAUUACCUGCUUUUAAACUAUUCAACACACCCUAUUCGUGGCAUUAUGGAGCCCAAAACUGUAGUAAAGGAGAAGUUUUUCAUCGUGAUACGCGGGAAGUCGAGGAAUGGCUUCUGCCGAGGAAACAUCGGCCGUGUGGAGGCAGAGACGCAGCGCGGGGAGCUGAUGGGGCUGCUGUACUGCGGCGGCAGCAACGCGGGGAGCCCCAAGAGCGGAGGCCUCGUGAAGAGGGAGGACACGUAUCCUCUGACCCGCCACCAGGCCCAGCUGCUGCUUUUCGUAUCUCCCACAAGCAAACGCCUGGAGCUGCUGUGCAACCCCCAGCUGUUCAUGGCUAUCUGUCAGCUGUCUCAGGAUGACCUUGUGGUGGUGAAGCACAAGAAGGGACACCUGCCUGGGCUGGUGAAGAACCUGAUGCAAAUUGGGAGGAAGGAGGACAAAGAUGACCUGCACAUGCUCGGCUUUGAGAUGGAAUUUGUGGACAGUGAUCACAAUUUGUCCUCCAAGAAACCUGCUCCUCUGCCCCUGUUCAGUGCGGCAGAGAUCGUGCAGGUGGUCCCAUCCUACUCUGUUCCCCUCGGACUACACUGGAAAGACAGCCAAUUUGGGGGUCUAAACAGAAAAGAUGUGACGCGCAUCAACUCCAUGCCGAAUAUAGGAUCCCGAGCACGACAAGUGAGGGAGAACCAUACGGAGCAGGGUGUCAUUCAGAGCCAACGUUCAGAAACAUCUCCUGUGCCUUUGGAGGUUGGAUCCUUGGUGGAGGUGGUGUCCAACUUGGGGGUCACGGUGUACGGGGUCGUCCGGUGGUUGGGGGUACCUGCAGGGAAGACUGAUGACUGGGCUGGGAUUGAAUUGGACUAUGAGGUUAAUGGCUGCUCUGAUGGGAAGUACGGAGGCCACAGGUAUUUCACCUGCAAAGGGGGCAGAGCUUUGUUUGUUCCCAUAACAAAGUGCAGCCCUGAUAGGAGGUUCUUCUGCUCCUCUACAGGAAGGAAGAACUUCAAACCCACCGACACACCUCCAGUUCCUCUAUAUGAGGAGACAGAGGAGGAUGCACCACCUAUUCCUGAGUCAGAGGCCUUGUCUUUGUUAGUGGGAAAAAUGAAAGGCAUUCAGGGUCACAUCAACUCCUGUUACCUUGAUGCCACACUCUUCAGUUUGUUCGGCUCAUCCGUGACCCUGGAUAAUAUCUGCCAAAAGCCUGCUGACACGGAGCAACCCAUAGCCUGCACUCUUAGAAAAAUAGUCAACCGUUUGCGCAGACAAGGGUUUGUGCCGGCCGAGAGUGUGAUGAAUUUGCGGAAGCAGCUUGGCUGCGACACAUUCCGAACAGAGGAAAAAGACCCGGAGGAGUUCAUAACAGUCCUCUUUCAGAAAGUUCUUUACAUGGAGCCACUGCUCAAGCUCAGAUCGAGACAAGAAACAUGUCAGGGUGCCUACACCUUCCAGAUCUUUCUAGAAAAAGAACAGAUGGGACAGAUGCCCACUGUCCAACAGCUGCUGGACACAUCCUGCCUGUCAGGGGACCUCAAGUUUGAAGAGAUGCCGUCAUGUCUAAUGGUUCAGAUGCCAAGGUUUGGAAACAAGUAUAAGAUGUUUUCUCACAUAAUUCCCUCCACUGAGCUGGACAUCACAGAUCUCCUAUACAACUCUCCGAGGGAAUGUUUUGUCUGUGGGCAUUUGGCCGAGUAUGAGUGUCUUCAGUGUCUACCAGAUCGCAAAAUGCACCCAGGAAGAAUAAAGCAGUACUGCUCUACCUGCAACACACAGGUCCACACCCAUCCCUCGCGGCAGGCUCACUACCCCAAAGCUCUGGCAGUACCAGCAGACGUAGCCUCUGAUACUCCUGUGCCCAGGCACAUGAUGCAGCUGUUUGCUGUGCUCUGCAUUCAAACCAGCCACUAUGUCUCCUUUGUCAAAUACGGCCCUGAUCCUCACUCCUGGCUCUUCUUUGACAGCAUGGCAGACAGAUGCGGUGACGAUCAACAUGGCUACAACAUUCCUGAGAUCCGAGCUUGUCCGGAGGUGGGUGACUUUCUGUCCCAGCCGGAGGAGGAGCUGGCAUGGUCUAACCCCUCCCAGGCUCCUGAACUAGUGCGCAGGUUGUUGUGUGACUCCUACAUGCUGUUAUACCAAAACCCAGCCACACCACUUUCAAAGCCAAACCAUCAGGACUAUCAUGUCGUUUGAGAACACAAGUGAGGACACAACGUUCCCACAACAGUGCCUUCAUAACCUUGCAGCUCUGCUUAAUCAACAAGAUUGUGUGUUGGUUAUUACAUCCGAACAGAAACUGAUGCUUCUAACAUCAUGAGGGGAAAAAACAAUAUUGUUGAAGAAAUAAACAAUAUUAAUUUGUUGUUCAGACAUUUGACUAUGCAUGAUCGUAAUCAAGUUUUAAAAAAACAAAACAUUUAAAGAUAAUGAUUUUGGCACUUUGGCCUUUUUAUGUGACGGAAUUGAACCCGGGAUGUUGUGGUUAUAUGGCCUUGGCUGUAACCAUGCGGCCACCAAGGCUCUCAAUCGUAGUCAAGUUGAUGUAGAUCUAUAAGGAGAGAAAGAAUGAGCAGUACAUGUAUUACACUCUGAACUCACCACUGCCUUCUUUAUCUCUUGAAUGUCUUGCUGUUGUUACACUUUGAUUAUUUAUACCAAGAGUUCUUUAAAGGCAAUUGUGAUAUUAGAUACAUUACACACAAAUUACUUUAUUCAAAUGUAUUUUGUUAUUUGGUACAUUUUAAAGUCCACUCGUGACAUGUUUCUGUGGUGUGAUAUAUUAGUUCAACUUGGAUUGUCAAUUGUGACCUAAAACACUCACUGAAGCCUCACAGAAGAUUGGAAAGUACAGUUUGUACGUUGUAUUGUACUUACUGUAAACAAAUGCACUGAGUGCAGAUUUUACUAGGAAUAUUACUGGAUCUAUAACGUAGUAUUUUGUAUCAAUAAAAUGUUGAUAAUUGCAGUUGAGGACAGGUGAGAUCUUUUUUAGGUAAUAUUAUGGGCUGCAAUGCCCUCUUGUGGAAAACAAAAAUGAGUUUGCCUUGAGUCUCAUUGAUCCUUAAUUGAGAAAUACUUUCUUUCUUAUCACCACUAUGUAUAUUAUUCUCAUAACCUCUGACAAAGAGAAAGUCACACAGCGUAAAAAAUAUAAAAGUGCAAGUUUCCAUGUCAUUGUAAUUGCUUAUAACUAAUUUAUUUUUAAAUACUGGUGUUUUUUAUGCUGUUCUGUGUAUUCAGAUUACAUGCAGUUGCAGUGGUCAUCUGUCAAGCAGCUUGGAAAUUCUAAUAAAAACAUUUUAAUUUAAUAUU